CCGCCAUUCGAGGCCAGAAAGGUUUUUGCUGUACUUAACCUGAAAGCGAGGCGACAAUUUUGAGAUGUGACAAUGACAGCUCAGCACGCGGCCGUAUCCAAACGUUUUGAACAAGGCACAAGCGCAUCAGGAAACGGGUGAUCACCUUCAUGUAGUACGACUCCCUCUCUGCAGCAAGGUGAUUAUUCAAAAACCAAGGUGGUUGUCUUAUACAAGCUGCAUGGCCAAAUCCGCCACCUUCAACCCGACCCCAGCCAAUUCUACCAUUCUUUCUUUUUCGAGUCCCUAAACACUUCUUACAUCUUGUCGAUCAUGACGGUAUCAAAGCCCAGGCAUUACAACUUCGGCGUGGAGAUCGAGGCUGUGGUAAAGCCUUACGGUGGUGCUGAUAGCUUUACCAAUGUCGACUGGUAUCGACAAUUAGCACAGAAGCUACGGAACCGCAACAUCGAAGCUGUGCACGAUGACUGUUCAAAAUACAGCAAGCAUCCGGAGUACUACGGUGGUAAAUGGUUCGUCACUAGAGAUGGAUCUUUGAAGAGAGAGCGUCCCAUGGUCUGCAUGGAAGUCGUUUCCCCUCGUCUAGAUACCAAGCAACAUGUCAGCGGCAUACUUGGCGACUUUUGGGAAGCGAUGCGUGUACACUUCAGUCCCCAACGCGAUAUCUCCUGCGGCGGCCACGUCCAUGUCACUCCCGUCUCUGGUCAGAACAAGUUCUCCCUACGUGGCCUCAAGAAGAUUGCGUUUGCAUCUGCUGUUUAUGAAGAAUUUGUGGCAGCUGUCCUCCCCAAAGCCCGCCGAGAAAAUCAGUACUGUCGGCCAAACAGUCAAAGCAUGGGUUCUGGGUUGCGUGAAACGCUGAUACGAUUCGGUAAGAGCAAGGGCUCACUUCUCCAAGUCGCAUCAGAAAUCAAGUCAACGACAUCCGAAGCGGAUUUGUGCUACUAUAUGCAGGGGAACCGAUACGUGCUAUGGAACUUCCAGAACAUUUUCCCAAACCCCAAGACAGGGAAAUGUACUGGCACGGUUGAAUUCCGGGGGGGCAACCAAUUCUUAAGUACGAAGGGGACUCUUGCUUGGGUGGCAUUCGUCAUGGGAUUCAUCACACUGGCCCUGGAGGAGGAUCUUCUCAACAAGCUUACUACGUAUACUUCGCCCGACGACCCAAAAUUCCAGUCACGUCUCGAAGACUGGUGGAAACGGAUACGUCAAGCGGCUAAGCAAUCAAAGCUUUCUCGAUAUCUACCCUUGGAGUACAUCAAGAUGCACACAAGAUAACCAUAUGGCAUAACAUUUCUGCCAGGACGACGACAGACCCUACCUCAUACCGACCUUGGGUUCAGGGUAUAUGUUCUUUGGCUUACUAUGGGAUACAGUUUCGGGCAUGGCAUGAUUCAUGAUUUCAGUUAAUGGAGCUAUUGGUGUCUAGGCGUA